AUGGCUUCCAAUAAUCAAUAUAUUGCACAGCCACCAUAUGAAGAUUUUUCAGAUAUCAACAAUGCUCCAGAAUAUCGGAAAACUCCAGAAGUAGUUGAUUUAGGUGCCCACGCAGGCCUCGAACAGACAGGUGCUGGACAAACAGAAGAAGCGAAUAGAGUCAACCCAUUGUUGAGAAGACAGUCCACAAACUACUCAGAUGCCUUGGAAUUGGAACGAUACUUGCCGGACGAAAUUGCCAAUAAUCUGAACAUCGUCAAAGGGCUCAACACUAAGCCCAUGCAUCACCAACUUCACAAGCGUGACUUGCAAGGAAAGGCAGAAAAUCUGCAUGAUGACGAGGCAUUUUACAAGUAUGACAACGUAGAGAUGGGCGACAAACUUGUCCCAGUUUAUGCGACACCUCGUAGCCCUGAGUCUUCCAAACCCCGCUCCAAAAUAUCCGCACCUUCAGAGGCACCUUAUGGGAUCACUUUCUGUGAUAACAAAACGCAAGACCACACUUUAGCCAACGAGCUUCGUCCAAGACCCCCUUUGAAGGAAAGACGUUCCUCACUUUUCGAGGAUUACAAAAAAGAUAUGUACAACCAGCAACAUCUGUUUAGUAAAUGA